UCCAGGCUUCCCUUCUUGCUAGCGGCCCCACCCACGACCACCCGCCCGAAGCAGCCGCGUCGCCUCCCCCGCCCCUCUCGCGUCGCCCUUUCCAAGGAGCAGGAGCCACGACCCACGACCGGGCCGGCGGCCGGCGGGCGGACAACAACAAUAGGCGGAACCACCCACCCUGGCCAGCAGCCGCCAGCACGGACGAGACAAGCGGGCGGAGACGAGAGGACAGGAGAGGCACGCGCCACCAUCGGCGGCUCCUGUCGUGCGCGGGCGCCCUCCUGCUUCCCCGGAGAUUUGAACCGGAGGCGCGCGGCGCCGGGGCGGGCUGCCUGUCUAUCUUCUUGCUUGCUGUGGCGGCCGGCGGGAGGGGAGGGGAUGGGGGCGUCGGACAACACCAAGGGGCUGGCGCUCGCGGUCGCCUCCAGCGCCUUCAUCGGCGCCAGCUUCAUCCUCAAGAAGAUCGGCCUCAUGCGCGCCGGCAAGUGCGGCGUCCGCGCAGGCGGAGGAGGAUACACGUAUCUUCUGGAGCCUCUCUGGUGGGCUGGCUUGAUCACCAUGCUGCUUGGGGAGGUCGCCAACUUUGUCGCCUAUGUCUUCGCACCAGCUGUCCUCGUGACUCCUCUUGGAGCACUGAGCAUAAUCGUCAGUUCAGUGUUAGCGCACUUUGUGCUGAAGGAGCGGCUUAACAAGCUCGGCGUUCUUGGUUGUAUAUCGUGCAUAGUAGGUUCAGUUGUUGUCGUUCUACAUGCCCCUGAAGAGCACAUGCCCGAUUCCGUUGAAGAAAUCUGGGAUCUAGCUACUCAACCAGGAUUUCUAGCAUAUGCGGGAACAACAUUGUUACUCAUGGCAAUAGUAGUAGUGUUCAUCGAACCUCGAUAUGGUCAGAAGAACAUACUGAUAUAUCUGGGUAUCUGCUCUUCAAUGGGAUCAUUAACUGUUGUUAGCAUCAAAGCCGUUGGUGUUGCCAUAAAGCUUACGCUGGAUGGAAUGAACCAGCUUGCCUAUCCGCACACAUGGCUUUUUAUUCUGGUCGCAGUUAUCUGUGGUGUUUCUCAGCUAAAUUACCUCAACAAGGCACUGGAUACCUUUGAUUUAGCUAUGGUUUCCCCAGUUUAUUAUGUAAUGUUUACCAUCCUUACAAUAGUGGCGAGUUCAAUUAUGUUCAAGGACGGGGCUGGACAAAGCUUAAGUAGUAUUGCUUCUGAAUGCUGCGGCCUGGUAACAAUCCUUUCUGGAACAAUUUUGCUGCACGCAGCAAAACAAAAAGAAGUUGCCAGUUCUCCAGCAUCCACUUGGCCUUUGGAUAGAGGGAUAUCUUGGUAUAUCAGUGUAGGCAGCGACAAUCUUCUGAGGAACGUCGAAGACGACUACUUCGCCGCUCCACAAAUUUCGCCAACCACACCCUGAUCAUACACUCGGAGUUAAGUCCAAAUACUUUGACCGGAGAAGAAAGUCCUCGGACACUUGUAAAGAGGAAACCGUGUGAAUUGCUGCGGAGUCUUAGCAGCGCCAGCAUUCUGGCGGUUUUGGUUGAGAAGAUGAAGAUUUCGUCAGCCAUUCUUUCGCCGUACGUACAUAGGAACCUGUCUAGAUUUCUCAAACCAUCUCAUACUAGGAACCUGUCUAGAUUUCUCCAGUUUGUAAGUUGUUCGUCGAUGAGCGGUGAGUGGGCUGAAUUUGUCGGCCUGCCUGUUGUUGUUGUGCAUUACGCAGAAUAUUUCUCCUUGUGAUUAGGCUUCAGAGUGGAACAUCGAUGCACAAUUCGAUUUCGAUGCCAUUGUUCUUCUUCCGAGAGAAAAUUUCGGUUUCAUUGUUGAGCUUAGUUAGUUUUGGUUGAGCAGAUGAUAUGGUUACCAUAUGAGCUGCAGAUGUAUACAUUUCAGUGGAGGCUGAAGCCUCCUGUUAAAUCUUUAAAUGAAAUUGCUGAUGAUA